CAAAGCCGUGAGGCAGAAGAGGCGAGUAGGUUUGCAUUUGCAUACCUCAACAAGUGGGGUUUAAAGCCGCAACUUGCAUUCUUUUAUUUCUUUUUGACAUAAAAGAGGAGACACCAGAGUCCAUAACUCCCACCAAUUCCCAUGAACUAGGAAAAGGUUCAAACUUUUCUUGUUUAAGGGUACCCCCGAAACCCCAAAGCCCAUAGAAAAUAUGAGUAGUGCUCUUCUGAAGAAUCCCACCAAGAUCCAGAGGCAGUUGAUGUUGAUGAACCGUGUCACUGGUCCAAUUAGAGUUCCUCCUUUUCUCUGCAACAAAGUGCAAUCCAAACCUUAUUUUCGAUUACCAGAUUUCCUUAGAAAACCCAGAGAAUAUGAAAUCUCCCCAUCUUUGUUUUCUUCAUCCUUUUGUUCUUCUUCUUCUUCUCCUGCUACAACAGCUUCCCACUCCAAGGUUGGCUUUGUGGGUUGGUAUUUGGGGAUGAUCAAGUCGUGGCCCAUUCUCACAAAAAGUGUUACUUCCGCUCUUAUUUAUACCGCUGCUGAUUUAUCCUCCCAGACUAUAGUGCGGCAAUCUUCAGAGCCUUUUGAUUUUAUAAGGACUUUACGCAUGGCGGGAUAUGGGAUGAUCAUUUUAGGACCAUCACUGCAUUUCUGGUUCAAUUUUAUGUCAAAGCUUUUCCCAAGGAGGGAUCUUUUCUCUACAUUGAAGAAAAUGGUCAUGGGUCAGACACUUUAUGGACCUGCCAUGACUGUUCUUUUCUUCUCCCUAAAUGCACGUUUGCAGGGUGAAAACGGCACACAGAUUGUUGCACGUUUGAAGCGUGAUUUGCUUCCCACGAUGUUAAAUGGAAUUAUGUACUGGCCUAUAUGUGAUUUUAUUACAUUUAGAUUUAUUCCUGUCCAUUUACAGCCAUUAGUCAGCAAUUCAUUUUCGUACUUGUGGACCGUUUAUAUGACCUAUAUGGCAAGCCUAGAGAAAGCAGAGGCAGCUAGCUGAUCAAUGUUAGCAGUGUCAAUUCUUGUUUCAUGAUUGAGAUUUGGACUGACUGUAGAGUUUAUCUGGAAACUUCGGUAUACGAACAAAUCUUUUGGGUGUCUGCAGGGAUUCUGAUCUCACCUUAUCCAUGGCUAUACUAUUAAUAUGAACACUCAAUUUCAUCCGCUUUUUAACCUAUAUUCCUUAUAUUUGCUUUGGUUGUGUAACCCUUUUUCUUAUACGAGGGACCAAUUUGUAGAGAUUUUGUUAUUGAAGACAUUUUUUUAAUAAGAAAUUUUAUUUGAUAUUUUAUAUCCG